AUGGAGGCAAUACUCGAGGUGAACAAUAAGGUGAUGGUAGACGUCAUACGGGCGCGUGUGGAUCUGCAGGACAAGGUCACGAAGCUGCAGCAGGAAGCGAAAAACAUCACGCAGCCGUUGGACGAUGCCGAACAUAAGGCUUCGGUGGCCAUCAAGGGUGCUAGUAAUCUAGAUAGUCAACUGACCGAAUCGCAACAGCUGUUGGAGGAGGAAACGCGCCAGAAGCUAAUCCUCAGCUCAAAGCUGUGUCAGAUCGAGUCCGAGAAGCAGACUCUCAUCGAGCAGCUGGAUGUGAACGAGAAGGCCAGGAAGAGCUACGAAAAGCUGACUGAGCCGAACGUUACGAUCCAGGAUAUGAGGAAACGCUUUGAGGAAGAGUCAAAACUGACUAAGGGGCUGGAAGAGCUAAAGAGAAAGAUUCAGUCGGAGCUGGAGGAUGAGAACAGCGUCGAUCUGGAUGGGGUGGGCCGUGGGCUCGAGACGGAGCAACAGGCCAGGUUGGUGGCUCAGGGGUCCACGUUCGAGCAGAUCGGACGCGCUCUCUCGGAGGACGGAGCACGGCGAGGACGCGAGCAGCUGCAGUGUGCCCAGGAGAUACUGGCACGGUUGGCAGAGUAA